GCUAUUUGUGUCAGGGUCAGUCGACAAAACUAUUUUCAGGCAGUCAUACACACAAACUUUUCGUAAUACUGUUCAAAAUUUUCCUGUUUUUUGACUAUUUGAUUUCUUUUUAUUUACUUUUUAUUCCUCUUUUCUUUUGAAUUCUUUUUGUGAUUUAUCUUUGGAGCCAGCCCGCGAAUGUGUAACAAGGAUGGCGGAUCACAGCGACCCUCGGGUUGCCCAAAUCCAUCAUGUAGGCCGCCACCGUCGCUACGUCCGACGUGUCGGCCACCACCGACGCUCUUCUCGAAGCUCAACUGUACGGCCUGCAAUAGAUUGUUUUUCUUCAUUGUUGGUGCUGGCAUCGGGCUAGUAUUCGAUAAAAUUAAAGAGGACGCUAGAAAGGCUCAAGAGGAAGCGAACAAAGAUCCCAAACAAAAGGAAAAAGAGAGAAAGGAACGGGAGAAAAAGGAGAAGGCUGAAAAGGAAAGACAAGAGAAGGAGAAAAAGGAAAAUGAAAAGAAGGCCAAAGAACAGCAGGAGAAAGAGAAAAAAGAGAAAGAGAAGAAGGCCAAGGAACAGGAAAAAGAUCAGAAGAAAUAAGGCGAGCCAUCACCUUCCAAAUUCAACCUAAAAAGCAAAAACUAACAAAAGCCAAAAUUGAGAACCACCGUUACGGUUUUUCAACUUAAAAAGAUGGAAACGAAGGGAAAAAAUAUAAUGGCGGUACAGGGUACGCCUACACUAACUGUGUGACUCCAAAUUAAUAGUUUACAAAAAAAGUUUAAAUUUAAAGUGCAUUCUAAUUAAAGGAAUUUAUGUGCAAAAUUAAAAGACCAA